GCCGUUAGGAUAAGAUAAGUUUUCCACACUUCCCAAUUUUUUUCCAGAAAACCUUUUACGUCAUCCUCAAUUCCUUUCUAUUUAUACGUUUAGAUAUAUUCUCUGAAUGAGAGAUCUCGUAGUCCUUUGCUUCGAUAACUCGGAAAACUAAACAGGAAGAUGCAGCCCACUUCAGAGGUCAACCAACGGCUUGCAAGAAUUUCUGCGCAUCUCCACCCUCCUGGUUUCCAGAUGGGGGAGAAUUCGGGUUUGAGAGCAGCUAAUUGCCGGGCAAAAGGUGGGGCACCGGGAUUCAAGGUGGCGAUUUUAGGUGCUGCAGGGGGAAUUGGGCAGCCUCUAGCCCUGUUGAUGAAGAUAAAUCCUCUGGUUUCGGUUCUUCAUCUUUAUGAUGUCGUCAACACUCCUGGUGUUACGGCUGAUAUCAGUCACAUGGACACCAGUGCUGUGGUGCGUGGGUUUUUGGGGCCGCAGCAGCUGGAUAAUGCCCUUUCUGGCAUGGACCUUGUGAUCAUCCCUGCUGGAGUGCCUCGUAAACCGGGAAUGACAAGAGAUGAUCUAUUCAAAAUCAAUGCUGGAAUCGUGAAGACACUUUGUGAAGGAGUUUCUAGGUGCUGCCCAAAUGCUAUUGUCAACUUGAUCAGUAAUCCUGUUAACUCCACAGUUCCAAUUGCGGCAGAAGUUUUCAAGAAAGCAGGCACCUAUGACCCAAAACGACUUUUGGGUGUCACAAUGCUGGACGUUGUUAGAGCUAAUACUUUUGUGGCGGAAGUUUUAGGUCUUGACCCUAGAGAAGUUGAUGUUCCAGUUGUUGGGGGUCAUGCAGGGGUUACAAUUUUACCCCUUCUAUCUCAGGUUAAACCUCCUAGCUCUUUCACCCCGAAAGAAAUUGACUACCUGACAGAUCGCAUUCAAAAUGGUGGAACAGAAGUUGUUGAGGCAAAAGCUGGAACUGGUUCUGCAACACUGUCUAUGGCAUAUGCUGCUGUUAAAUUUGCAGAUGCAUGCCUUAGGGGCUUGAGAGGAGAUUCAGGCGUUAUUGAAUGUGCAUUUGUAGCUUCUCCGGUGACUGAACUUCCUUUCUUUGCAUCUAAGGUACGGCUUGGCCGUACUGGAGCCGAGGAAAUAUAUCCUCUUGGCCCUCUGAAUGAGUACGAGAGGGCUGGCUUGGAGAAGGCAAAGAAGGAGUUAGCGGCAAGCAUCGAGAAGGGAGUUUCGUUUAUCAGAAAAUGAGAAGGCGAAUAAGCUGGUUUCCCUUGAUAUAUAUUCCUUGUCUAAUGGGUCUUAAACUUUAUUCGAGAUCAUGGUUCCUCAAAAUAAGUGGUUCUCUUUCUUUGAACAAUAUCAGAUGGAAGUAGGCGUCCUUUAACUGUUGCUACUUUCAAGCCACAAAAAGGGUUUUGAUAAUUUAGGGCAGAGCUGAAAUUCACGUAAUGAAAAAAAUCAAAUGGGGUAUCUAUCGAUA